CACAUGUCUUAUUUUCAUUGUCCGCAGAGCAGGGUGUGUACCGGGGACGUGUGGGCUGGGUCUGGAUGGAUGGAUAUUCUGUGGGGUUUUUUCCCCUUUUCAUCAGCCUCCUCUACAAGCUUGUGACAUCGCCUCUUUUCUGAGAGAUGCUCGGGGCGGAGGAGACGCUGCGGUCAUCGGUGGGUGAUGAAAGCGGCUCACAUAAGGCGUGUCUGACUUGUUUGCCUUUCUUCACUAAAUAAAAUGGGAGUUGCUGCACCUGUACGGAGAAGAGAAAUUAUGUGGACUCAGCGCGAGAUAAUUGCUUUUUUAACGUGGUGAGGGGAUGUUAGCUUUUUUUUUAAGAUAAAAUGUCCAAAACCAAACAUUGUGAGGCGGUCAGGGUAGUGGUCCGCUGCCGGCCGUUCAGCAGGAGAGAAGAGAUAGCGGGGUCUGAAAACAUUUUAGAGAUUGAUGACAAACUGGGGCAGAUCACCAUCAGGAACCCGAAGGCACCACCUGAUGAGCCAAUGAAAGUAUUCACGUUUGAUUCUGUUUACGGAUGGAAUUCAAAGCAAAGCGACAUUUAUGACGAUGCGGUGAGACCUUUGGUGGAGUCCGUCCUCCAAGGCUUCAACGGGACUAUAUUUGCUUACGGACAAACUGGGACAGGUAAAACCCACACCAUGCAAGGGGUUUCAAACGACCCAGAGAGGAGAGGUGUCAUACCUAAUUCAUUUCAGCACAUUUUCACACAAAUAUCCAGAACCCAGAAUCAGAAAUACCUGGUGAGGUCAUCCUAUCUCGAGAUCUACCAGGAGGAAAUCCGAGACCUGCUGUGCAAAGAUAACAACAGGAAACUGGAACUUAAAGAAAGCCCAGACUUUGGCGUGUAUGUUAAAGACCUGUCUUCAGUGGUGACCAAGAAUGCCACAGAGAUUGAACAUGUGAUGAACAUAGGCAACCAGUCCAGGUCUGUGGGAUUCACCAACAUGAAUGAACGCAGCUCUAGGUCUCAUGCAAUUUUUGUCAUCACUGUGGAGUGCAGCGAAGUAGGGCCAGACGGUGAGGACCACAUCCGAGUUGGGAAGCUGAACAUGGUUGACCUGGCUGGCAGCGAGCGCCAGAGCAAGACAGGCGCCAAGGGGAAGCGUCUGAAGGAAGCUGCCAAAAUCAACCUGUCCCUUUCUGCGCUGGGGAAUGUCAUUUCAGCUCUGGUGGAUGGGAAGAGCACCCAUGUCCCGUACAGAGACUCCAAACUGACCCGCUUGCUCCAGGACUCCCUGGGUGGCAAUGCAAAGACUGUCAUGAUAGCAACAGUGGGGCCUUCGCACAAGAAUUUUGAUGAAUCCCAGGCCACGCUGAGAUACGCCAGCAGAGCCAAGAAAAUAAAGAACAAACCACGGAUUAAUGAGGACCCCAAAGAUGCCCUGCUGAGGGAGUUUCAGGAGGAGAUCGCACGCUUGAAAGCUCAGCUAGAGGAGCGGGGGAUGCUCGCAAAAGAGAGAAGAAGGAGGAGGAAUAGCAAAAGAUUGAGUAAAAGUUUGGCUGGCAUGGAGGAGGACGUCCUUAGAGAGAGGGAUGCUGAUGUGUGGAAGACUGUGGAAGAGGAACCAGAUGGGAACUUGAAAGAUGCAGGUGACAUCCCAAUAGUCCUGGCUUGCCAGGGAAGCAGUGAAAAGCUAAAGCACCUGAAUGAAAACAGAAUAAGCGUGGAGGACAUGCAGUGGGAUCAAGAUUCUGUGGAGAAGAUCAUAGAGAAAUAUAAGGCCAUGGAGAGCAAACUGUUAGUUGGGGGAAAGACUAUAAUCGAUCACACCAAUGAACAACAAAAAAUGCUUGAGCAGAAGAGACAAGAAAUUGCAGAACAGAUAAGACAAGAGCGAGAGAUCCAACAGCAGAUGAUGCUGCAGGAUGAGGAGACCGUGGAAAUGAAAGAAACAUACUCCUCCCUGCAGCAGGAGAUCGAACUUAAGACAAAGAAGCUGAAAAGAUUGUGUACCAAACUACAGGUACUGAAGAGAGAGAUGAAAGAAAUCAUUGACGAACACAUCACAACAAGACAGGAACUUGAACAGACGCAGAAUGAGCUCACCCGAGAGCUCAAGUACAAAUAUCUCUUGAUUGAGAAUUUUAUACCUCCCGAGGAAAAGAACAAAAUUAUAAAUAGGCUGUACUUUGACAGCGAGGAGGACCAGUGGAGACUCCAACCAGUUAUUCCAUCAGAGAGUACACCCACUCAGGUCAGGAGAAGGCCUCUCUCAGCUUUGGGUUACAAGAGGCCAGUCAGCCAAUAUGCACAGAUGGCUGUUGCCACAGCUACCGGGGCCCCAUCUCGAUACCAGGCUGAGAACAUCAUGCUUUUGGAGUUAGACAUGUCUCCCCCAACCAUGUUCAUGUUAAAUCUUGAUGGUACUCACCUGGAGAGAGCCUUUACACCGAGGCUAAUACACGAUCCCCUGGCAAAUGUUUUCUUUAGAGAAAGGACUGCAUCACCAAUGGUCAGGAAAUCUAAGUCCUGGUAUCAGGCACCACAAGCAGCAUCUGUCACAUCAUCUUCUUCGUCCACCACUCUGACAUCAGAACUUCAGAACUUCUCUCCGUCUCAGCGACAAAGACCUUCCUCAGCUGCCUAUCUUCCACUGGGAAGUCCAACUCAGACAAGCCCCUGAUUUAUGUCGAUUACACCUGCACUGUAGGGCCGGCCUUAAUUAAUGGUGGCACCAGUAACGUCUGGGAGAGAUGGGGGGGUGGCUAUAUGUCUUGACUUUAGAUUGCUUUAAGUUCUCUUAUGCAAAACGGUGAAGUAAGCAUGUUUUCAGCUUAACCCAGAAGUUAACCUUUAUUGAUUUUUUUCAAAUGCCUGACUCUUAAAAGUGAUAGUUUGCUGUUUGUCUUAAUAAGAUUUGGCUUUUUUCUUUGUUGCCUAAGCCAUGCAAUUUUCUUGGCUUACACUGCCCUAUCAAAAUAGCACAGACGAGGCUUCCAGGCUUUUUUCAGCUAAUAGGGGUGUAUUUUAGUCCAGUUUGUAUUUACUGAAUCUGUCCCCCACCCCCAAUAAGAACACUUAAAUACUUCUUUUUUUUUUCUGUUUAGCCAUAUAUCAGUCUUUGCCAAAACACUGAAGGGUAAUGGAGGUGGGGGGAGUGUCUGCAAGACCACUUUGGUUUAGCCUGUAUGCUUGAUGAAUUGUUGCUUCAGUUUGUAGCCAGUGUAAUUGUAAGCCAAAAAUGUGAAGAAAGCUUGCAGUGCUCUCUAUAUCAGCUGCCUUAUUUUUUCAUAGUUGUGAAAUUGUGCAAAGUCCAUUUGCUUACACAUGAAAAUAAAGAGAC